CAUAGAGGGCACAUGUCUCCCAAUCUCUAAUCAGCGCCAAUCCACUCAUCUUCGCUCCCCACCAAGGUCCAGUACAAAACUUUGCUGCGUCAGAAAAGCUACGCAUCAAUCAAACAAGUUACACGGUAGGGGGUCAGGUGCCCUAGUCUCACACACCAAACAAGACACAUUUUUACCCAAACAACUUCACCUCAAACAGGGUUGAAAUUGCAAAGUUGUGCUUUUUUUAUACACUAUAAACAUAAGGCUCUGUGUUCAUGCACUUAAAAAAUAUCUAUUCAGCGCCUUGCUCCCUCGCCAGAUGAUUCCACCCAUGAAUCAAGUAUCAAAGUUUGAAUAAGUAGACUACACCAGUCACAAGGAGGAAACAGCUGGUAAACAUCUCUGGCUCUGGCAGCAUCAAGAGAUGCUGACCCCCUCCCCCCAUCGUGGUCAAUGGGCAGUGGAGGGUCAGGGGAAACCAGACCAGAGGCCCACAGGUACGACUAGUCUCUCUUACCAAACUUUUUUCUCCACCAAAAUACAUUUUCACCCCAAGGACGACGGAAAUACACAGAUGUGACCGAUGUUCUACUAAAUAGACAUAUACCGCCAUGACAAUUCAAUAUCCACAUCUCGUGCUAGCCAAAAAAAAUCUUCUUACCCAUUAAUUUCAUCCGUGGAAUAAGUAUUACAGUGUAAAUGACUAGACUAGGCAAGUCAGGACGGGGCAGCUUCCAUGAAAUGACCUCCUGACCUCCGUGAUAAGCCAGCUCCCCAGGGGCCACAUGGCCUCAAAUUGGUUGUUUGCAUGACUGGGUUGAUUUCAUUGGACUUAGUUGAUCGAGGUCUACAGUACAUGAUAUUAUAAUUAAUACAAAUAGGUCCUAGAAAGGCUAGAUCUAUCUAAAUCAUUAUGUGAUGUAGUUUAUCGCCCAGUUUUUAGAUCUAAAGAUCUAAAAUCUCAUUGCCACCUGGCAUUGGCUCUGCUGUGACUGUGACUGAGAAAACUUCCAUCCUAUUUCCAUAAUGAAGUCAUUAGAAGUCUAAUCUAGCUAGAUGUAUUGAAAAUGGCAUCAGCAGCAGGAGGCAGAUGGUGUGUUAUAUGUGGCUUAAAUAUAUUGAUAACUGGAAAGAACUACUAUUUGCUACAGUCCAGAAUCGCCUUGUUUGAGCUCCUGAAAGAUGUUGUGACAGAUGAAACUCUAAAUGUCAGUGUCGAUUCGCCGCCGGUCUACAUUUGUAAAAUGUGCUGCAGAAAAUUGAACAAUGUUCAGAAGUUGCUUAAUUUGAAGGAAGAACUAACAAGAGACUACUGGAAAACAAAAGACCAACAUGAAAAUUCAGUUGCAAACAUCACAAUGAAAAUAACUUCUGUCUCAAUAACACCAAAGGAAAAAGGAACACAACCCAAAAGGACUGCAUCAUUCUCUCCAGGGACUCCGAAAUCGAAGCCACAGGUAAAGAGACGUCAAGUAACUGAAGCGGAGAGGACCUCCUCUUCCAAUAUUCAAGGAAUAUCCAGAAUUCCGGUACCCUCUCCACAGUCAUGUAAUCAGCCAAAAGAAAAGAGAUCGCAAGUAACUGAAGCGGAGAGGACCUCCUCUUCCAAUAUUCAAGGAAUAUCCAGAAUUCCGGUACCCUCUCCACAGUCAUGUAAUCAGGGAAUUCAAAGCAACUGGCAAGCAAAGAAAUCGAGAACCAAGUUAGUCUAUCCGCAUGAUUCGAUUGACCAUUCAAAACAAACCAAGGCCAUUCAAAGUGAUUUCCUUAAAGAACUGCAGAAUGAAGCAGUUGCUCUGUGCCUGCCCAAUUCACAGUCAGCAUUUCGGCAGCAUGAUGCCAAAUCGUUGGUGAGUUUCCAGUUCCAACAGCAAGAAGAGGAACUUACAAAGCAUGCUCCAGGUAUAUUAGCAUCAGUGAAAGCCAUAAGCGAAAGUGACACCCUUGUCUCAAACACACAAAAGACUCAACUUUCCAUUCUCCCCAAGCAAAUGACUGCAGUGUCUAUUCUUCUUAAUGCCAGGAACCAACAGAUGAACUCUCACCAAGUAAUCAACAGUUUAAUCUUAAAGGAGAGUGCCAGCAAAAAGGAUGCAUAUGCACGACUAAAUUCCCGGGGUGUGACAUCUUCAUAUGGAACUGUUCAGAAAGUGCAAACAGAUCUGGGAAAAGGAUUUGAUGAGAAGGUUAGAGAAUGGGCAAAGGAAAUUGAGGUGGAAAGUGAGAAGGAACUGAAGCUGAAAGAAGAGCAAGAUUUUGUGGGUUUAGAGAUUCUGAACAAAACUCGUAAUGAUAAAGGAUUUCAAGUGGUGGCCGAUAAUGUUGACCUAUUUAUACAGGCUCGCCAUCCUACAAGGAGCAACUACGGCAGUGAUCUUCAUAUGGUGAACAUAUUGGCCAUUGAAAAUCGCAUCACUGGGCACCAUCUGCCAAGUGAGAACAAGGAUGAUUUCAAUCCUGAUGACAUUAAAUCCGAGAUGUUUUUACCCAAUGUUGGAGACAAUGAGUCCCUCAGAAAUGAGUGGAAAGUGCUGUGUGGCAAAAUCAUUUCUCAGUACAUGCCCAAACUGAAGGAAGAACUAAAGGAGCUACAAUCAUCAAUACCUCAUAAGCAUAUGGAGGAAACAAGAGCUAAGUCAAAUGUGGUUGAUUUGGGUGUUCUCAUGCACGAUGAAAACACUGCAGAUGGGAUAUACCAUAUCAUGCAUCACCUUCAUGGCUAUGUUCCAGGACAUGGGACAUCAAAUCCACAUAAAGUCAUCAGUGCUGGAGAUUUGCUCACAUGUGAACGUGAAAGUAGUUGUAUAGAAGAGCAGAGAAAUUCCUCAACUGCAAGUCAGAGAUUAGAAGGACUUGUUCCUGUCAUAUCAGACUUCCAUACACUUGCAAACUUUUACCAAGUAGUGUGGAAGGUGCUGUAUGACCCUGCUUCUGCUGGAGACAAGGGGACCUUGUACCAGGCACGAAAUUUUCUCAAAACACACAAUGUCACGCAGGAUCCAAUAAAGAAUAUUAAUGCGGCAGAGCAUUUGAUUGAGCAAUACACAAUCGCUUUGGUCCUGGCUGCUGCUCUCCAUUUCUUUGGUAUGAAGGAUUGUGAAGAUACACCUACAAAGAACCUGUUUCAAUUGAAUGUCCAUGGUGACUACAACAAUUAUGCCAAUGUGAUCAUGGGGUCAUUUGUUGACAAUUACGCUAUCUGUCACAAUGUUAACUUCAAAGAGAAGGACUUCUGUUGCCAAAAAUGCAACAAAACAUAUGCUUCCAGGAAGAAUCUGCAAAAACACAUCAAGGAUAAACAUCCACACCAAGAACCAAUCCAACUGCCAUCUCCCACUUCAGAAGAUGGUGUCUACAACUAUUCCAGAGUGGCACUGGGCAUGGGCUUGCUCGCCAUGGAUUUCCGAGAUGCACGGCAGAAUGGAGAUGGGGAACGUAUAAUCCGGCUCCACAAGUUCCUACUUCUCCACUGUAAGGCGGCAAAGAAGCCAAAAUACAGUUUCCACAUUCUGCGCUUGUUGGCUCAGGUGCAUGUAUUCCUGUCACCUCGCCUGUCAUAUGAGUUGGUGUGGAAUCGGUUUGCCAAUCCUAGUGGCAGACAGUAUGGUAAUAUGGAAGUAGAUCGUCUCAUGGAACACCACAAUAGGGUAUUCAAGGAAAGUUGUAGGGGUCUUCGUGGAAAGAUUUCAAAGAAGAAUAUAGAGAGAAUAAGUCGAUCUUCACAGAGGGUUAAUGAACUGCUGGAGGACAUUGACAAAGAAGUCCCUGGAAGGAAACGCCGACCUUCAUCAAGGCACAAGGUGGACAGGAAAGAUGCAGUGGCACUUGCAGUAGACCUCCAUUCACAGCUAAUCUUUGAAUGUCAAUCAGGAAGAAUGCAUCACAGGUUCCCUGGCUUUCCUUCAUCCCAUUUCAGUGGCAUUGACCCUGCUAGUCUCCAUGAAUGGAUAAGGAACACAAUUAGAAAACUGUCUCGGCAGAAUCAAUUUGCAAAGCACUAAAUUUACCUAUUCUUGGGCAGGACACCCCAGACAUUAUUUGCAAAUAUGUUGAUAGAAUGAUAAAGAUUGCAAUAUGACAAAGUAUACAGACCUUAACAAUAUCCAGCCACUGAACCCCAGAAUUGAAUGAGACUUAGUUUAAAUUAUUCUUGAGAGAAUUACUAAGAAUAUUUUAGUUGUCCUUAGUAAUUAAGUUUAUAUUCAAAUUUAGAUUUUAAUCAGUCGAUUGGACAUGUGUAUACCAAAUUGUUUCCUCACAAAAAGAAACAAAAAUGCAUGCAAGGUGGAUCUAAUAUAUAUAUUUUCCAUCACAGUACCUAAUGUGUAGUAAUUUUGGCGUUUAUUGGCUUACUCCAUAAGUAAAAGUGAGUCCAGUCUUGUUUUCAUUUUUAAGUUUUAAGGAUACCUAUUAAUGUAUGUAGUAUCAAACUUAUCAUGAAUUAAUCCAAUUUGAAAUGUACUGUGGCUGUUAGAUGUAAAAAAGGAAAGGAGAGAAAUAUUUUUGGGCUAAAUUACACAUUCAAUAAAGUUUAGAAAUGCUGCAAAAGUUAAAGUUUAAAACAAAAAAAAAGCAGAGUAAUUGUUAUUUGUUAGGUAUGACCUCAUGCUUUCAAGUUUGACAGUGUAGAUUCUGACACUGGUGAAUUUGAUUUGUCUGAAUCUUCAAAUUCAUUCUGGUAAAAUAAGUAAGCACACCUCUUAAAUAAUUUUGAUUGCUGAAUACUUGUUAGUAGCAAUAAAGCCUUCAUCUGAUGCCAUUAAUAUUUUUCUCCUUUAUGUUAAAUCAUGUGUGCAGAUGACACAUCACAAAGUGGCGACACUUAUCAUGCUGGCACAAAGGGAUUUAGAGAAGAUUUCAUUAUAUAUAUUCACAUUUUUUCCUAUAUUAAACCUGCUGACUUUCAGUUGUCACCAUUUGGUCUAUUUGUCUUUGAAGCCAAGAUAUAUGACAAAUCCCAUGAUAUGAGUCUGAUGAAAUCAUUUUAUUCAUAAUGUAAUAACCAUAAUAGAUAUAAUAGAUUUCAGUUCCUCAAUUUCCUUUCAGAAUAUUAUCAGUAUAUGAUGUCAAACAUAAGAAAUAUGUUCAAAUUGAUGAAAUGGUGCAAUUUUAGGGGGAAAUAUAGUUGUAACAGAAAUGGGCCCAACUCUUAACACAUGGCUAUCUCAAAAAAUAAAUAAAUGGCCAUUCUUUUUAUGAUUUUUGUCUCCCCUGCAUAGCAAAUCGAGACUGUAGGCACUGCUUUUUUGACGUUGGUGGCGGCAUUGUCCUCAUAAUUGAAUUCUUAACCAGGGUUAAGUUUUUGAAAUGACAUCAUAUCUCAGGAAGUAAAUGAAAAUAGUUAAUGAAACUUUGACAUAAAAAUA